CACGCGAGUCGCGUCGCGCGUGCGGCGUGUUGCACGUGGUCGCGCGUCAGUAUCGCGAGUUCUGGAGGCUCUUUAAAAAAAAAAGAUGGAUCUGUCAUCCUCACCGCGAUACGUAAUUCGCAGUACAGAGGAAGAUAAACAGAAAAAUCCUGCGCUCUCAACGAGAUACGAGCGUAUAGCGGAGCAGUCUCGUAUCAUAAAAAAUUGGAAACCGCAGAGCGAUGUAUGGCCAUUGAGGUAUGGACGCGGUAUUUUGAUCGGCGCGGCGACGCUCAGCGGCCUUUACAUUAACGCCCGAUUCAGGGCGAAGCUGAAGCUCCGAAAUUACGGGACAUUCGUCACGAUGUUAGGUCUCACAGUAUCGCCGGCCACGGCGGCUGGUCUUUUACAUACACAGUUUAUCCUGAAUAAGUUAAUAUUACUAGAGGUACCAUGUCCCUUGUGCCUGGAGUCCAGGUCGGCCUUGGCGCAAACUUGCAGCGGGGUAUUUCUGCCAAUGGUACUAGCACCGCUUGCAAACUUCUCGAUUGCUGCUGGCAGCGGAGUAUAUAAUGUGCCAUACGUAACUGACGUAAGAGGAAUAUUGAGAACUGUCUGGUCAGCCUAUCAGCCGAUGAUUCCCAAAAUCGCAAUGAUUUUCACUUUUCACGCGCUGCUGGCUAGUUUUGUAACGUACUUACAAAUUAGGUCUUUCCUUCGCAUGCUAGAUGCACAAUAUCUAAUAGAAGAGGAACAAGCACAAAAGCUUAAAAAUUGAGAAACAAGUUUCUGUGAAAUUAUUUAUGUAAGUAUUGUAAAAUAUUGUUGUAUAUAUUACAAUUAUAGUAAAAUACAUAAUUAAAAAUAUAUAAUUGAAGAAAUAUUUAUCGAAGUAGACCUCUCUACUCCAUUCUAUAUUGAGGAUCAACAUUUAAUAAUAUUAUAAGGAUAACAAAAGAAUCGUAAUAUUUUGUAGAAUAUAAAAUGUAUUUUUAUUUCAUCAUUGACAUAAUAUUAUAAGAUAUCUAUAAUCAUUCACUGAUAUUCUUGCUUUUAUUAAGACAACUAUGCGUCUCGUACAUAUCUACUUCCUUUUCUCAAAAUUAAUCCGAUAUCUAGGCACCAUAUGAUUUGUUACAAUAAUAAACGCUUUCCAACUGUUUGAAAAGAUCGCUGCUUUAAAUGUCGAUAAUACAUACGGUUUUACUGAUUCCAAGAGAAUUUUUCCAUAUAUAAUGUUGACUCUUUCAACUUUGAUAUAAAGUUUAACUUACGAUAUCGAGUCAAACGUAUGUAUUAUGUCAUACUGUUAAAUGUAAUACGUUAAAUUUAUACUUAUAGGCUCAAGUAAAAUAGCAAAUUCGAUAUUUUCGAUUACUCCGAUUAGAUACAUACUUUAUCGUGGAAAAAUCUGGAAGUAUUUUACGCAGGCUUUCAAUAGUUAAUAGACGAGAAUUACGAUCGAGGUCAAAUCACGCUUAUUCCUCUAUUAUAUUAAACGAACUACUUGAACAUCGUAUUAUUAAAUUUGGGAACUUCUUGAAUUUCUACCCCCAGCUUGUAUUCACAAACGAAAAUGUAGCAUUCUUAUUUUACAUGUCUAUGUUACAUUUUUUUUUAUAGAUAUUUUAAUCAGAAAAAAAGGAAUCUUUUUUCGUAUGGCUUGAUUUCCAAAGUCAAAUUGGGCACAGGUGACCGUACUUUUUUGAUUUGCCAACUACUCUAGAGUUAAGUAUAUUACUGGCAGUUUACUGGACGUUACACAGGGGCCCGAGUAGCAAGGAGAUCCCAGGAACUAUGUGUAUGCGAUAAGAAUAUAUAAAAGAUAACACCAGAUGCGGACGCAUCGAUUCAACCAAAGUACAACAACGUGACCUGUUUAUUCAUUCGGUAGGAGUAGGAUUUGUAUAAUACCUACAACAAUGAUUAUGUUGGCAGUGAAUGAAAUCAGCUAUCAUAUAGCCGUGGAAUCUAUGAAGCAAGACAGUUUAAUAUAAAAUAUGCCUAAACUUCUAUUCAUAUGUGACAAUGCUGUUUUAACAUACCGCGCAUUUAGGGUACACCGAUGUGUAUUACCGGUCAAGAUGUUUUCCAGAUGUUUAUCAUUUCCUGUGCCAUUUCACCAAAUGCACGUAACUCAAUUUCAUACAUCUAUAGCACAUACAAUUGUAUUUUUGCUCUUUUCCAUAGUAUCUUUGUCUACUUUUAAGUGGGAAAAGAUUUUAUCUGAUGUCACAUUAUAAUGAAUGAGUCAUUACCAUGAUUUGCACAGCAAUCAACAUCACAAUGAGAUCGUCAUUUUUGUUUUAAUGUCUUACACCUAUAUGUUAUGCCUAUGCCUAAUAUAUUUUUUUGUUAGUUGUGAUGUAGUCCAUUGCUUAUUUACAGUAGAGGUCCAUUCUAAAGUUUUUCGAUUGAUGUUGAGAUUAAAGCAAAUAAAUCAUGAGUUUCUUUUAAAAUUAGAUAUUAAAAUCAGACAAAUCACGAUAUUAGAACUUUAAAAAACACUCAAACAUAACGAUUUGAUUAAUUAUUAUUGUUAAUUUAUAGAAUCCUCUUUGCUGUAAUAAAACUCUGGACUGUAAUCUAAACAUUUUAAACUUCAUUGUAGGAAUGGUAUAAAUAUGCAACAUUAAAAAUUUAUACAAUAUUUAUAUCUACAUGUCACUUUUGUGUUUCAUCGUACAACGGUCUGCAUGUGUUAACAAAAAAAAACAGAUAAAAAAGAUCAAUGCCCAUAAAUAAAUUAGUAUAAAACAUUUAAUAACAAUGAAAGAAAAAAAAUGUAUUUAUACCAUUGAUGCAAGGAAAUUCUGUUCAGAUGUGUAGUGUUAUUGUGUGAAAUAAUUAUGCAAAUAUGAAUUAACGGCUACAUUAGAUCUUAGAAAGAAAAUAACUUUUAUGCGUUCUACAGAAUAGCGCAUCCGUACUAUCUUACAGAAUGCUCCAACUAAAUUUUUUCCUUGAAUAUUAUUUUAAAAAUCGAAGCAUUUCAUUGCUCGCAUAUAUUCGCUGAUAAUUUGAAUUUGCUUUUACAGGCAAUGUAAACAGGCGACCACGAUAAAUUUGUGCAUUAUCGAAUGAAUGGACUAAUAUAGUCACAAUUAAUUAUAGACAGUAUUAUGUAUACGGAAAUUCUUGGCGUCACUUUUCACAAAUACUAAUAUGAGUGUCUAAUGUUCUAGCACGAUGGUAUAAUGGCAAAGCUACAAUCGCAUAGUAUUUACAUCGUAACGAUUAAUGGCUAGUCAAAUGUUCGACAGCAAACUGAACUUGCAUUGUUACUCGCAAAUAGAUUAUUUUCGUUUUCAGUUCAAAUUUAACAAUCAUAAAAUUGUACAAUACGAGAACAAGAAUCUACCAUAUACAAAUGUCUCUAUGCCGAUAAUAUUAUUUAUGCUUACAACGAAUGUUUUGGAAGAACAUUGCCACCAUAUUCAAGACUGUAUUUUUUUUCCGCAUUUCUUUUCACAGACGAAUAAAAAUCGCAUAAGAACUGAUAAUGAAAGUGAAAAAAA